GUUAUUGAGCCAACCAUACCCAACAGUUCAACAACAGGGCUCUUCUCCACCGACACAUCUCAACACAUUGAAUCUGAGAGCUCUGAUUCAUCCUUCGCAUCGUCACAGUUUGCUAAGACUACUAUUUUUGCAACCUUUUCUCCAAGUGAAGAUAUUUUUGAAUCAUCUAGCCCGUUUCUCUCAUCAACAGAGCUCUCUUUCACCGAUACAUCGCAAAGUGGUGCUCAUGCGUCGCCACAACUUGAUACAACCUUCUUACCCUCAGUUCAAAUUGAAAAGAUCCCUGGAUCGUUAAGUUCUAUCCAUCCAACAGCUGAACUCUUAUCUUCAAGUGCACCUUCUGAGGACGUAAUUAUUCGCUUUUUUGAUGAUGAUGAUCUAUAUUCCAAAUCAACACAUCCUUCAUCUGACAGGCCAGAUAUUACCUCAAACAGGAAGUAUAUCACAAGCACUACUGACGGCCAGGUAGAUUCUCCACUUACUACUACCACUUCUAUCUUAUCUGAACAUCUCAAUUCUGUUCAAAGUCGAAUACCUACAUAUGAUUCAACAUUAGUCGAACCAAUCUACGACUCGUCAGGCCUUAUCACUGCAAACACGAUUGAUUCAAAAUACCUACUUUCCACAGUUGGAUCUCAUACUGUCUCCACUAACACAGAAACGUCCUUUUUUACCGAAUUUUCCGAAUCGAUCUUGAUAACUACCACCUCCCAGGACUCUUCUUUUUCUUCCCCAACUGAUGUCUCUGCGUUCUUAUCGGAAUCACCAGAUGAAGAUACACAUCAUGACGAUGAAAUAAGACAGACUUACCAACGAACAUUUAUCCCUAGCAUACACACCAGUACCCAAGCAAAUGAUCUGACAGACCUUGCUACUACACACUCCGAAAAUGCAGCCAUUGAAACAUCUAAGGAAUUAGCUCCCAACAACGACAUGUCGCUCUUUGAUUGGCUCUGGAUUAAAUCAAAAGCAGCCUUAAAAAAAAGGCGUAAAAGGCCCUCAAAUCCUACUACGGUUCCU